UCUGAAAAAAAGAGGUGAUUAUACCACUGUGUGUAAUAGCAGACGAAAUGUCUGCCACAGUUGGUUAACUUUUGUCGGUGCAAGGACUGCCACAAUGUCGGCAAUCACCGAUAGAAGAGUGGCAGCUGUAGUUGGAGCAUUAGUUGCAGACGCAGCAGCCCAGCCCUUGCAUUGGCUGUAUGAUGAGGAAAAGCUGAAGAGAAUUAUUGGGGAAAAAGAGGAAGUAGAAUUCUGGGAACCCUCACAGAAUCCAUUUUAUUGCAUACCUACUGGAUCAUUCAGUUGCUAUGGAGACCAAGCAUACGUCAUCCUGAAAUCUCUAGUAGAGAAUAAAGGUGUAAAUCUUGAGGCACUGAAAAAACUUACGUAUGAUUUCUUUGGACCACAAUCAUCCUAUGAAGAUCCAGAGAAUGCCCGCUAUGUGGUUGGGAAAGAGGACAAAAUCAAUGUAAAACCAACACUUCCAAUACACAGGCCUUGGCGAAAUGGCAGCAUAAAACAUUUCUUGAGCAACAUGGAAGCUGGCAAAGAGGAAUCAGGAUCAGAAAGUGAUGAGCAGAUUGACUGUGUGCUACGCAUGGUGCCAGUCUGUGCACUUUAUGCUGGUCAUCCUGAGAUGCUUAGUCGAGUGGAGGAGGUCUUGAGGGUAACACAGAGCAAUGAUCUCCCUGUCACCAUAGGCCUUGCUGCUGCCAGAAUCCUUGAGCAGUUCAUUCUUCAUGGACCAAACACAAAUGCUCUGAAUGCAGUGUUAUCUGACUUGAGCAAUUCUCGGCGCAAUAAUCCACAGGAACUUGACCAGACUGUUGCAGGAUUUAUUCGAGAAGUACAGAAGCUCUCGUCCAUUGAUCACCAUUCUGCAGUUACUAAGAAUUUCCAAAAGAACUGACAUUUGCCUGGAUCCUUCCAAUCUGCCCUGCAUGGUGCAGUUACUGCUCCAGGCUAUAAGGAAGGCAUUCGCAGAACCAUCAAGAUUGGUGGAUGCAAUGCAUCCGUAGUGGCUUCGUAGGUGCCUGCACUGCUGCUAAGUUUGGUUUGGAAAGCAUUCCAGAUGACUGGAAAGAGAAGACUAAAAUAUGUCCUGAGAUCUUAGAUCUGGCCAAACACCUGACAAAAAUCAUCCCAUAAAAGAACAUUUUACUCUACUACUUUCAGCAGCAAAUACAUGUCCUUCAGACAUUCAGAUGGAAACAAUGUUAUCCAGGUAGUUCUUGGCACAAAAUACUUCAGAGAAUGAUGCAAGAUACACCUUUAUGCUAGCAAAUCUGCAAACUAUUAUAAGCAAAUAUGUUCCUCUAUAAUUUAUAAAAAAUUGUUACAGAUUUUCAAUAUGAUCUUUUUUUAAGAUGUAUAUCAUAUAAAAUUGUCUGCAAUUGUCAUUGCAAGGAUCAGUACAAUUUACCAUUCCUAUUGCUCAUUUGUUUCACAGUCACAUAUAAAUUUCCAUUUAGCCAAAUUAGUUUCAAUUUUUUUAAUUGUCUACAAAUGGUAUUAAGGAAUGUGAUAUAGUAUUAACAGAAUUUAAAAAUGACCAUCAGUCAGACCCAAAGUUUUAAUGAAGCUCUGAAGUGAGAACUUCAACACCUCAAGGAAGUGUUCAGCAUUUCAGGCUACCCCAAAUGGACAUGAAACUUGCCUUGGAGCCUUAAGACUGCUCCCCACCUCUGGGCCACCAGCUAGACCCAGUCGCAUGGGUAUGUUACCAUCAUAUACACCAAAAGUGUCACACAGGCCAUCUCCCGUAAAACCAGGAAGAUCAGGGUCACUGUCCAUGCCAAGCUGUACACCACCUUCCACAGCAGACUAGUGGUUCCCAAAGACAAGACUGACAAUCUGCAUUAGUCAAGUGCCAUUCAUUAUCUGAGUGCAACAGCUGUAUCCAGGCAUAUGUGAGGGAAAAUUGAAACUAAUAUCAAAAGAACAUGGAAUUUUCACUGGAACGGUAACAUGAGCACAAUAGCAAACAUAUCUUCUUUCCAGGUGAUGGCACCAUCUUAGAGCACGAGACCCAGUGGUUACAGAGAGGUGUUAAGGAAACCAUUUACAUCAUGGCUGCAAAACCUUCCCUCAGUGGAUACCAAGGGCAACACCCACUGCCAGCAGUCUUAUUACUACAUAAUAACAUGCCCUGAGUUCAUAUCUGGAUGCUGUGAACUGAAUACACCAGUCACUUAACUUUUAUCUGCUAAGGCAUGUGGAUACAUGCUGAAAUCUCCAGUGAGUGGUUCUUUUUUCUGGAAUGUAAAGUUUUCCUUCUAUCAGAGUGUCAAUAAAAGGUUUUGUAAAGUAACAUAUCUAAAUGAUGCAAGAUUUAAAUCAUAAACAAAAUACAUUGAAUUCUAAAAAUCAAGCAAGAAACAAAAGAUUUUAAUUUACUAUAUUUAAGUAAAAUUAUAUAAUAAUAUUUCAUUACAGCAUAUUUGCAUGGUUUACUAGAAAAUCAUUUGUUACUUGUUAGAGGGCAUAAGAGGCAUGUGAUUAAACAGAUAAAUUUGAUAAUAUUUAGUUCUUCUAACAGUUAGCUGUACAUCCAGUGAAUGAAAGUUUUUAUGAUUGCAUUUGUUUCAAAAUUCUGUGAGGAACAAUGCAUGAUGUUGUAGCUUGGUCACUGACUGUACUGCUUACUUGAAAGAAAAAAAUAUUAAAUAUGCUGAAGGUU